GUGUCAUAGCAGUAACCGAGGGUUCCGCGCCCGCCUCGUGGGGUAUUUAAGCGGCACACAACCUUCCCGGGCACCACCGCACACACCACCUCCUCCAGGCACUAGCGGCACCACCACCACCUCCUUCCUCUCCCCUUGGGCGUCUCGCGGCGUUCUUUCACAUCUUAACUGACUCCCUCCCGGUGAGGCAGCAGCAGGACCAGCAGAGGUUAAUUGCGUGGUGUCAGGAGUCAUGUUGGGGCUGGCCAUGCUGAUGUGGGGCGCGGUGCUAGUGUCCGCCACGCCCAUCACCUAUGACAACGACCUGGAGUCUAUGCAAGACCUCGUGCAGGCCUUCAAGGAGCUGGUCGUGUCCGGGAGAGGUGUUCAGGAGCAGCUGAUGGCCACCCUCCAGAACGUCGCCGCCUCUCAGGAAGGACUCCAAAGGUUCCUGGCGGGCGGCUCUCAGCUCAACCUGUCUGGCUCAGACGUCACUUCAGUCGAGGGGGAGAGGCCAGAAAGAGACAGCAAUGUGGCCUUCUUUACCAGAAGUGUUGUGGCGGCUCUGAACUCCGGUAACAACACGCAGCUGGACGCUAUCCUCAAGGAGAUCAAGAGUCUCAAUUUCAACUUCAAGAAAUACUUCCAAUCGGUGGCGUGUCCCGAGCCCUUCAUGAACCUUGGGGACGAGUGCUUCAGCUUCCAGCUGGAGGACAAGACGUGGGCAGACUCACGCCAGAAGUGCCUAGAGAUCGGCGGUGACCUGGCCAUCCCAAAGAACCUGACUGAAGUGCGACUCUUCAUCAACGCAAACUUCCCUCGUAAGAACCGCAGGAACUUCUGGCUGGGAGGAAUUGAGAACAACAAGGCGUGGGAGUGGCUAUCUGGAGACGCUGUCCACCCUGCGCUCUGGUACACCAACGAGCCCUCAGGGAAUGGCGACUGUCUGGCAAUGUUUGAUGGGUGGGAGAGGCCACUAAGUGACUUCCCGUGCGAGAACGAGCGACGCUCCAUCUGCGAACACGUCAUGCGAAAUAGACAGCAUUGACCUUCUCUUCCUCACAUUGUUUCUCCUCCUCGCCCUCCAACAGGUGUGUCUUCGAAGGAGUUGAGUUGGUACUACUUCUUGAGUAAAGAAUGUGUUUUUGUCCUUUGUCUUGCUAAUGAGUAAGCUGUGUGGUGAGUGUGGUAACAGUACGAGAUUAAGCCCUCUUACAAGUUGUUGCAGUACAAGUUGUUCUAAGCUCUCAAGUACUGAUGUAGUGUUAAUCUAAUGUACCUUGACACCAGAGAGUGUUUUCAGUAGAAAAUACAUACUCAAGUAAAAUGUU